UGCAAAGGGGCGAUGGGGGGCCCCGAGUGAAGGCGGCCGGAGGGGAGCAGCUGCAGCCGGGGAGGUCGCGGGGGAGCCGGGCAGGCCGGGCAGGCCCCGCUGCAGCCCAGGAGCCGGGCAGGGGGAAGCGGGGGGGGGGGGAGAGGCGCUUGCGAAGCCGGCAUUUUCAUGGAGAUCACAACCCCCCUGCAAGGAGAGGAGCAUCGGGGCGCAGCCGAAGGGAGCCCCCGGCAGCAAAAUGCUGAUAGUUGAAAAGACAACUGACUUCCCUGCUGCUGAGUACUCUCUGGUGGAGGAUGUAGCUCUCCACUUCACGUGUUUGAUGGACAGACUGAAUGAGCAGCGUCUAUUUCAACCAGACCUGUGUGACGUAGACGUCGUCCUGGUGCAACAGAAGAGCGUCUUCCCAGCCCACAAGGGAGUCCUCGCUGCCUACAGCCAGUUCUUCCACUCCCUCUUCACCCAGAACAAGCAACUUCAACGGGUGGAGCUCUCCCUGGAGGCCUUGACCUCCCAAGGCCUCCAGCAGAUCCUUAACUUCAUUUACACCUCCAAGCUCUUGGUCAACGCUUGCAACGUGCAAGACGUCCUGAGCGCGGCCGCUGUCCUGCAGAUGAACAACAUUGCCUCUUCUUGCCAGGAGCUCAUUAGUAGCAGAUCCCUCAGCUUGGCCGUGGGGAGCAACAUGGCGCUGCCUCCUGAUAACUGCGGCAAAAGCCUCCCCUCUCAAUUCUACUGUGACAUCAAGCAAGAAAUGGAUUCCCCACACCCCAAAAUCUUCGCUCGGGAAGGGAACGAUCCGUACUCCGUGCGGGUGGAGGACGGAGUGGCGUGUGAAGGCAACCAGCACCUCCCUGCGGUGGUAGCCACCAAGAAAUACUACAAGGAGGAGAAGGAUGGCAGCCCGCACGUCUGUAAGAUGGAGGGUGAAGAGUCCGAAGUGGGUCUGGGCAACCAGGGCUCUUACAACCAUGGUGAGCAGAUCAUUGUAGAAGUCAACCUCAACAACCAAACCCUCAAUGUCUCCAAAGGGAUGGAAGGAAAGCCCUCUGGUGUCAACCAAACAGCUGCCAUUGCCACAGUGAUUGGACGGCCCAAAGGAGAUGGACGUCCCUUGGAGGAGCACAGGGAGGAUGAAAACGGUGAGGGGGAGGAAGAAGAUGAGGAUGCUGAGGUGGGAGAGGAGGAAGAGGAUGAGCACAGUGAAGAGGAAGAUCUAGAGGAGACCACGGAUGAGGAGGAAGAGGAGGAGGAGGAUGGCGAAGAGGUGGCAGAGAUUAAAAGGGAGAAGUCUGGGCCACCUCACAGACCCACCAGGUCUUCCAAGACCACGGAGCCUGCUAUGUCUACCAGAUCCCAAGAGACCACCAAGGUUGCUGUGGCCAUAGAAGAGGAAGAGGAGGGGGAAGUGGAGGAAGAAGAGGAAGAUGGGGAGGAGGAAGACGAGGACCAGAGAGGGAGGAAGAGGAAGAAGGACCAAGAUGGACUUGGCCAGAAGGUCAAGCUCGAGGAGAAGCAACACUAUCCAUGCAAGAAGUGUCCCCGGGUUUUCAAUAACCGUUGGUACCUGGAAAAGCACAUGAACGUCACACACAGCCGCAUGCAGAUCUGCGACAAAUGUGGCAAAAGGUUCCUGCUGGAGAGCGAACUGUUGCUGCACCAUCAGACAGACUGUGAGAAGAACAUCCAGUGUUGCACCUGUGGGAAAGCUUUUAAGAAGCUCUGGUCGCUUCACGAGCACAACAAAAUUGUCCACGGCUAUGCAGAAAAGAAGUUCUCCUGCGAAAUCUGUGAGAAGAAAUUCUACACGAUGGCGCAUGUGCGCAAGCACAUGGUUGCUCACACCAAGGACAUGCCCUUCACCUGUGAGACAUGUGGGAAGUCGUUCAAGCGCAGCAUGUCCCUGAAGGUACAUUCUCUGCAGCACUCAGGAGAGAAGCCUUUUAAAUGUGAGAACUGUAAUGAACGGUUCCAGUACAAGUAUCAGCUCCGAUCUCACAUGAGUAUCCACAUCGGCCACAAGCAGUUCAUGUGCCAGUGGUGCGGGAAGGACUUCAACAUGAAGCAGUACUUCGAUGAACAUAUGAAAACCCAUACUGGUGAAAAGCCAUACAUCUGUGAGAUCUGCGGGAAGAGCUUCACCAGCCGCCCUAACAUGAAGCGGCACCGUCGGACGCACACAGGAGAGAAGCCGUACCCUUGUGAUGUUUGCGGCCAGCGCUUCCGGUUCUCCAACAUGCUCAAGGCCCACAAGGAGAAGUGUUUCCGGGUCAGCAACUCGGUGGCCUCGGAUCCAAACAACCACAGCGACCCGAACUCCACCAGCUUCUCUGCUUCCCAGAGCACCAACCCGACUCAUCUGACCACCAGUAGCCCCCUUCACUCCACGCCACACUCCCAUGCGCUCCCUUUGCCACUCGUGCAUACUCAGAGCAUCCCGCCUGCUCCUCAUUUACCACCCCCACCUCCUCUCUUCCCAGCGAGUAGAGUGAACUUAAACCACUAGGCCCUGGCCUUCUAUUGGGCAUGUGCAGCGACGGUUACGCAAUUCGGAAAAUGCCUAGCAGGUGUCUCAGUCAUAAACGUUGUUGGAGGUUGGGGAGACGAUGGAGUUGGGUUUCGAUUGCCAACGGGCUUUGCCUUUGGUCUGCAGCGUUGAAGGACUCUGUGGUUCUAGUCCUGAGCCAGCACACCGUCUUCGCUUCCCACUGUGUAUAAUCUGAAGGAAACCGCCUAUUUUGUUUGCAGUUGGAAGGGUGUAGACCAAAUACCGCUCGCUCUGGAGAUCUAGGGAUGUUCCAGGGAAGAUUUUGCCCAAUGGCAAUGAUGCCAACAAGAAUUUACCCCUCUCUCUACCAACACAUAACCUGUGGCAUAGUGAGGAAUGAGUGCUUAUGUGUCUGCCUUGAAACAGUUCAUAAGAACUGUUGUUUUCUUUUUUGGGUGGAAAUGGGUUGACGCACAAGUCUAUUUGCAUGAAGCAGAGUAUGAAAAAAUGUCAGGGGAUGGUGAAGCUGUGAUUGGCGAAGUGUCUAGUGGAUGAGUUCUCCACUAGAGCUUCUCAUCUCCUUGCUUUUCCCAUCUCAAUGUCACCAGUCACUGGGUGGGAUUUCUGGCUCUGUUAUGAGUGGGCGCUUCCAUCUUGCGGAGGUGAGGUUUAAAAUGUUUGAUAUAGGAAAGGGCACCAGAGAAGCACUUCUGGCCUCCUCUUGGUCCCCUACUUGCCUUUUCAUAUAUGAAACCCACAAAUCCAAGUCUGAUGGUCAUUCCAGGCUUUUGGGAUGGUUCUCCAGAACAUCUAGUGUCAUUUUUCUGUGCUUGGUCUACAUCCUUCUUGGGCCCUAAGUCUGGAGACGUCGUUCUUCAGUGGACUACUGCUCUACAAAGCAAGCUGAUAUACAAAUCCUAAGUUCUCCUCCAUUCAACGCUAUUGAGCUUGGGAAGAAAAUCUGGCCUUUUUGUAAUAUUAAGAAUUUAUUAUUUUAACCUUUUUUUGCACUUUAUUAAUCUAUUGUAACAAUAACUCUUCCUUGAUAGGAUAAUUGCAAGUUAUUCCAUGCGCUCUUGCUGGUUAAUGAAACUUCCCGGCGCAAUGUCAGUCCCUCAGUGUGCUGUGGCCAUGCGAGCUCCAUUCAUUGCCAAGACACCUGUACAGGGUACCUGUGCUUAACCCUCUUGAAAUGGAUGAAGCUUCUGCACUAGCGGUGCAUUGAUGGCUUGGCCCCCAUCACCUUGCUGAACCUGUUUGCACAAAGUCCAUGAGCAACCUCAGAGUUGUAUUGGAUGUCUUCUUUUGAGGUUCUUCGUUCCUGCCCUCCCCACGUCCAAAACCUGGAGAAAUCUUUUCAGCUAGGAAGUCCAGACUGCUUUGCCUCUCUGUAUAUGUUUUUGUGUAUCUGUACUAAAGCAGGGCUGGCCCCUGGAACAACAGCCAUAACAUGUGAACGAACACAAAAGGUGCAAAAAGGAGGUUGUGGCUUGGAAAAAGUCAAGAUGGUGCAAUAAUUGCUAAGAGCCAGGAUGCUGAGACGCAAGCCGCAGUAUGAAUGCUUGGGGAGGAAGCGUUGAUAUGUUUAAUUCUCUGGACUGGACGCUUCUCAGUAAGGACCUGACCGGACAAACUCUUCAAGAGACUACAGUGAAGAGGUUAAUGUCGAGGAAGAGGGCAGCACACAUCCUGUCCCGACAUUUCGGUAGCAUGUAACGGUUUGGAAGAAAAAGGGGAGGAGAAAAAACACAGCUCUUCAUAUGACUCAAAUGGAUUUUCUUAAUGCCCAAUGAUGGGUGGUGCGUUACUUCUCUGGUGGUUGGCAUCUAUUGCCCAGCUAUGCCAAGAAGGAAGUGAGAAGCGAGUAUCGGUGACUUUCUUUUAGCGUGAACGAAAAUUGCAAUGAAGCACUUUAUUCUGUAUAGAUUGGGGGUGGUUGGAGCAGAUGCAGGCGGGAGGACCGUUGUCCUUAUCCAUUUUCUUUCAGCAGCCUCUUCAGAAAUAUCCUAGGAAAUAUAUUACAACUUUUGUUUUAACCAUCACUUAUAAUAUGCAUAUGUUUUAUUCCUAAUGUGAGAGGGAAGAAGUACAUCAUCACUGAUUGAGGCAAACUUUGCAUUUCUCUGCUGCAUCCUGAAAUCAAGAGGAAACUAUUGGCGUCCAGGUGUGCAGGGGCAUUUCUUUGAGUAGGGAAUGCCCGUUUUUCUCCCUUCCUCUGAGGUUGGCACUACACAUUCCAUGGCAAAAUAUGGGGCUCCCAACUUAUCUUUGCUGUGUAACGAUAAUAUGAGGCAGAGGGGGGAUAUGUUCAGGUGAGAAUUUGCAGGCCUUCUUGCUUCUCAUUCUCCCCCCUUCUGAUUUUUUGUCCUUAGCCAGCCUGAAUCGGGAAUAAACCCAAUUGUAGUGGUGAAGAGCAGUCUGAGGAGAAGAAGCAGUAGGAGGGGGAGAGAGAACUCCUCUCUUGCCCACUCAUUCUCUCCCCCCUUCCCCCCCCCUAAAAAUCCUGUCCCAUCAUAUUACCAGUAACUGGGCAAUAUGUCUGCUGAGAGAAUACACAAUUCCAUCUGCAAAGGCAGCACUGGUAUUUUUCCUGGGAGCUUCCAAAAAGUUGUGUCAAAAGGUUGUGAAAUGCAGGGAGAGCCUUGGUGUGGUGCGGCCUUUCAGGGAUAUUCCAGGCCCUUUACUGAAAUUACCAUUUUCAUUUUAUUUAUAACAAAGAAAACAUGGAGCCUUUUUUGCUUGCAGAGAUUUAAGGCAAACUGUAGAGACAGCAUUCUACCCAAUGGGACCAUUAAAGGAAACCAUGCUCUCAAGUAGCGUUACUUGGCAUUUUUUUUUUAAAAAGGAUUAAUUACUCAAUAACUUUAAAACACAUUAAACUGUUGAGCGAGAGGUGUGAUCCCACAGCCCAACUUUAGAACAUGACCCAGUGUGAACUUUGUGGCUGCCUGUAGGAAAUUGGUAAACUCGGGGCUUUUUUUCUGGGAAAAGAGGUGGUAGAACUCAGUGGUGGAACUCAGGACCGCACAAUGAUGUCACUUUGGGUCGGCUGGAACAAGGGGGGAGUUUUUAAAAGUUUAAAUCGCCCUUGGUGA